CCACGAGCUCCCUUAGCAACGGUCGCCGUUGAGACAGAGGGAGACGCCCCCCGCGGAUUGGCUGCACGAGGCCUCUCUGCGGCGUAGAUUGGCUGAAGCGUCGCUGGAGGGAGGGCUUGACAGUCGAGGCCCAAGAACCGGCAUUCCCAGGACCCAGGAGGGGCACAGCCUGUGGUGAGCCGCGGCUAGGAAGAGCGACGAGAUGAUCCGCCAGAAGUCCAGCCAAUUCAUGGCACUGAAGUUACAGUCGGAGCUUGAACAGCCCUCAGAACUGCAGCGGGAACACCAGAAGGACCUUAGCUCAGUGGAUGGGUCCGUCACGCGGAUGGUAACAGGUGUGCGGACCGAGUCCAGAACCGCGGCCUCGAUAGAAGCGGAUGAAGAUCCUGCAGCCAACCUGUUCCCGCCCCCGUUGCCCCAGCCCCGGAUCUGCGUGUGGAAGUAUCUGGACAUCCAUUCCAUGCACAGGCUGGAGAAGACAGCCAACACUGAGGAGAUGAGGGAGGUGCUAGCUGAGCUUCUGGGGCUAAGCUGUCCUGAGCAAAGCCUGCGGGAUGCCAUCACCCUGGACCUCUUCUCCCACGCACUCCUCUUCUGCCGCCAGCAUGGCUUCUCACUGGAACAGACAUCGGCAGCUUGUGCCCUGCUCCAAGAUCUUCACAAGGCCUGUGUUGCAACCCCCUUGGGCAACGUGGAGGAAUGUUACCGCUACUUCACCAGUGUCCUUUUUUGCCAUGGAGUCAAGCGGCCCCCCUUCAGUAUCAACCUCUUUAGGGAGGAACAGCUGCUGGCCCUGGCAGAUUAUGUGGUCAACACCUACUUCCGCCACUUCAAGCUCUACAAAUAUGUCUUCACACCCCAGGUGCGGCUGGAUCUAUCUUUGACUUACAUGGGGCUACAGCCACCCAAGCUCUGGCCAGAAGAUGAGACAGAGAAAGGCGGCGAGGAGGCGAAGGAACAGGCAGUCACCCCGCAGGAGGAACCAGAAACAGUGGUCCUGCCAGAGCCAGAGCCAGAGCCAGAGCCAGAGCCAAGCCAGGUCUCCAUCCUGCAAGCCUACAUCAGGACCCAGAUGAACAAGGAGCUGAGGCAGCUCCAACAGCUGAUGGAGGAGCGGCUCCAGGCCAGCGAAGAAAGGCUCAGCAGCAAGUUGACCACACUAGAGCAGCCCUUCCAGCUACCUUCUGGCAAAGGCAAGAACAAGACCAAGUGACCCCCAGCAUUUUCCCCAAUAAAGGCCCGGGGCAGGGCAGCCCCAUCCCCCCCCCGAGCACCUUCUGGGCUCCCCUGCCAAAGCCGGACACCACACUCCAGGCACUGGCUCCCUCCGGAGUGCAGAUUUUAUUGCAAAUGCAGCAGAGGCAGCAUUGACAAGGCCAGGCAUGCUGUUGCGCGUGGCUGCCUUCCCCCUCAGCUCUGAUCCCAAAGUCUUGGCUGGUGGGGACAGGUGUACACGGCUGGUCGUUAUGGUAGUAUGAGCAGUGGUGGGCCUGGCCAGGCUGGGGGGGCCUGAGGCCAAAGCCCAGAAGGGCUGGAAUGAUAAAAAUCCUCCUCCUGGAGAGUCCUGCACUGUGGGGUUCCCCAGGGCCGAAGUGCUAGCCCAGUGCCAGCAUGGCGUCCUCCUCGGUGAUAGCAGCUGGUUCCCCCUCCUCUUCAGGGCCCAGGAUGGGAAAAGGCCCAGGGGGCUGGUGCUGGAAGAGGGCGGCUCGGUUCUGUUGCUCACCUUUCUUCACCCAGUGCCCAUAGAGCCGGAAGGCGCAGCUGUCGAUGAGGCGCCGCACUGGCCGCAGCGCGUAAGGGUCCCUCAGCAGUGCGCUCUUGGUCAGUGGCCGGACACGCUGGGUGCUUAAGGCCACUCGUCCAGCAGCAAGCACGGUCCACACUGCCACCUGAGGGGGGGGGUGGCGGGCAGUGUGAGCUCCAGUAGAGCAGCCACCACAGGAGAAAGAUUACGGGACAGAGGAGCAGGCCCAGACCCUGAUGCUCUCAGGCUUACCCGGAACCGCUGGCGGGGGGUGAGGUUCCAGGGUUGGCUGCCUUCACAGCGCUCAAAGAAGGGGUGCUGGAGGGCUUGCUCAGCUGUCAGGCGCUCCUCAGGAUCCACCUGGAGCAGCUUUGAGAUCUGGGGGAAACCCCAGAGUAUGAGAGGCAGCUCUUGGACCUCCUUCCUAGCCCUCUCAUGGCCCCAGCUCACCAGGUCUUUGACGGUGUUGGAACGGUCAUCCCACUCGGGCGAACUAAACUGGUACUGGCCCUCCAUGAUCAUGCGUAACAUCAGGAUCUGGCGUCGGUGCCAGAAUGGUGGUGAGCCAGCCAGGAGUGUAAACAAAAUCACCCCACAGGCCCAGCUGGGAAAGAGAGCGGAGUCAGACAGGACUAGGUGCCAGGCAGACGUGUUGAAAGAUGGGACACAAAGGAGGAAGGAAGUAGGGAGACCAGAAACUCACAGGUCGACCUCCUUGCCGUAGCCGGGGUGGGUUUCAUCCAUGGAGCAUUUAAGGAUCUCUGGUGCUAGGUACCCUGGGGUCCCACACAACUCUGGGGAGAGAGGGCUGAGAUUGAUGGAUGCCACCAGCUAACUAACUCCAGACCUCUGCUGGAGCCUCAACCCUGCUAGAGCCAUUAAGUGUUCCCAUUCUGUUCCUGCCCGUCCUCCCCUAAGGGCUGACCUAGCCCCUAUCCCUGCUGAACAACUCAAGUAUGCCCCAAGGUUCCCAGCGGCCUUCCUGGGAAAACCUGAUUUUGAGAUUGACUUCAAGGUCCUACCCCACCGUAUCUUUUGCCACCUCCAACCCACCCACCCACUCCUUACACAACCUUUUGUCACAUUUUUACGUACAUAAUACACACGGAAAACAAAUCUUCACUCUUUUCUGUUUCUUUCUGCCCAAAUCGAUUCCUCCUCCUAUGAUUGCUAUUCUGUGUAGUGGAAUCACCACUCAAACCCAAGGAGAAUGAGUGGGAAUAUGGGAUUUCUUAAGGCACACACUAGGUAAGUCCCUUAUUUAAAACCUUUCCCUGGCUGCCGACCCCGCCUCCCCCCCAUAUAGCCUCAGGCUCAAGUCUAGCUCCUGCAGCACAGAGCCCUCCAUGACUUGAUCCGAGCAUGUUAUUUGUAGCUGCUUCUACCACUUCAGGCACCAAUUCUUCCAUCCCGGCAAUUGCCGAACUGUGGCAUACUUCCAGGAAAUCUUAAUAGGCCUUAAUAGGCCUGACUCUCCCGGGAAAUUCAUUUCUAUAAAAAGUAUUUAAGAAUGCCCACCACGUAGCAGGCACCAUACUAGAUGCCAGUGAAUUAGAUGUGCCCUUACCACGCUGUCUACCCGAAAGCAAACAAGAAAUCAUAGAGUAAAAGGUGUGUCCUGAAGGGAGAAGAUACAAGAAGAGAAAGCACGGGAUCUAACCCAACCUGGAGCUUUAAAGGGAAACCUGAAUUCCUAAAGCCAAGGGCAAGGGUGGUGUGGGGCAGGGGCAAAGAUGGUUCCAGAAUGGGGAGAAGUGUAGGGGGAAGCCCAAAGGGAAACAAAGCACAGCAUCCGCAAGACAAACGUGUUAAGUCCAUAGGUUACGAACAUGAGCUCGAGUCCCAGCUACCUGACUGUGGGCAAGUCCCCUUAUCUCUUUAAGCCCAUUUAUAAAAUGGUGAUCCAGACGCUAUCUCAAAGAGUUGUCGAGAACCCAGCUGUAUAAAGACUUAGUGUGGUGCCAGUGAACGUUAGCUGUUAAUAGCACAACGCAAAGCCGCUGAGGGAGAGAAAGUAGGAUGUUAACAGCUCUGAGGAGUCCACAAACUUUGUGAAGUUUUCCAUGUGCACUGAAAGUAUUUCUGUCACAACAAAUGGAUUCACACUGGGUGCGGCAGCUGGGCACCGCCGUCUGGCCGCGGCGGGCUCUUCCUAGCACCUAAGCAGCACACUGCAGUCCUGUCUGCACCGAAACCCAAGCACACAGCUGAGGCCUGUUAUCCCCUCUCCCCCAUCUUCCUCAGGGGACAGGCCCAGCUCUGGAGCCCCGUCCCCUGUGGGGCCCUCCAGCUGAAGCAGGUGCUCCUCCCUCCUGGCUUCCCCUUGCAUGGUCCCCUGCCUGCUGUGUGCCACGACCUGCGCACUUUCCUCUAUCCCCUCCCCCGCCCAGACCAGGAAGCCCACUCUGAGACGCACACGAGGCUUUGCACCCAGAGGGUACCUGGCAAGUGCUCACUGACUUCUCCCCUUUUCUUGGUACCUGGGUACUUGAUUGUCAGACCCAGCUAACCAGCCUCAGGCCUGGGUCUCCUUCCCUCCCAAGCCUCUUAGGGCACCAAGCCCCCUCACCUCGAAGCUUCUCGCCAGGUUCCAAGUGGCAGGAGAACCCAAAGUCUGAAAGUCGGAUCUGCAUAUUGUCAUCUAGGAGAAUAUUCUCGGGCUUCAGGUCUCGGUGAACAAUGUUGUUGGCAUGGAGAAAGCUCACUGCUUCCAGCAGAGACCUCAUGAUGGACCUGGGGGAGGCGCAGUCUCCUCCUUUGCUUCUCCCUACCCCGCCCCGCCCCCUCAUCACCCCACGGGCUGCAGGCUCCGUCGUUACCUGGUUUCCUUUUCUGAGAGGGCCACCUUCUCUGUGAGAUAGUCAAACAGCUCUCCCUUCCGCAUCCUAAGGGAUAGGAGGGGUUGGGAGGUAGGUGUACCUUACAUGGGGGCUGAGAAAAUAAGCCAGUGCUCACAGAAAAUACCAUGGAAGAGACCGGUGAAGAGAGAGUCCUCUUUGUUUUUUCUUGAGCGAUUAGAGUGCCCCAAGAGUGAACUGGAUGCCAGGGGCAGUUUGGCCCAGGGGGUUGGCAGUCAAAAUAUAGGCACUCUGCUAGGAGGGUGCUAUGUUAGCAAAAUAUGUGCCUUCUUGGAACAAUAAUUUAUAAGAGGUCCUCAUUAUCUGAGACUAAUUAUAUUCAAAGAGGGCCUUUUAAAGUGAAUCUAUUUAGACCAUGGACCAAAAUUUCACAGUUAAUAACAGCAAAAAAAGUUGAAUAGGACUUUAUUUUUAUUUUGUCUUUAAAAACUGAGUUUAUAAUUGCAACUCUACAAUCCUUGAAAGCAGGUGUUGUUUGGGGGCAUAUAAUUGUUCUGCAAAGCUGCAUGAUGACAUGACAGACACUUCCUACCCCCACCCCCAACUUUUGCAGAGGGUCAUUCUGUAUGCAGACUUUGUGAAAUUUUUCUAGGGGUCUCUUAAAUAUUUGCUAUUCAAACCAUUCUCUUUUGAAGUACCUUUGCACUGAUUUACGUUAUAUUGUAGAACAU